AGAGAGAGACACGCAAACUUUAACGAGGAGGGGAAGAGGGAAGAAGCUUGUUUAUCUAUUAAAAAAAUUGUAUUAUCUGUAAUAUAUCCUUUUUAUUCAAGAUAUAACCGUCGGCGGCGAUGGCGACAGGUGGUGGGUCUCCGUCAGCUGUCGCUAAUUUUGUCUUGACGCCGGAGGAGAAGGAGGUGGCUCCUCCUGCUACUCCUGCUUACAUGUCGAUGGUCGAUCCCUUCCUCGUGGAGGCUCUUCAAAACCCUCGUCAUCGCCUCACCAUUCUUCGCAUGGAGCUCGAUGUUCAGAAGUUUAUGCAAAAUCCAAAUUUGGAGCAGUUUGAGUUUCCACACCUCCCUACUUCAUACCUCCGUCUUGCAGCACACCGAGUUGCUCAGCAUUAUGGACUGCUGACUAUGGUGGACAAUGUUGUUGAUGGCCAGGGAACUCGUAUUAUGGUUAAGAAAAAGGUUGACACUAAAUACCCAAUACUAUGUUUGUCAGAUGUCCCACCUAAACAAUCAGACCUUGACAAAGCGGACCAAAUUAAAAUUGUAUUACGACAAAGGCCUAGCAGUGGUUUAAAAGGACACAGUGGUGAUUCGGGAACCAAAAACAGUGCUGCUAGAACUGUGGAAGAGAGGAAGGAGGAAUAUGACAAGGCAAGGGCACGCAUCUUUAACAGUCCAAACAGUGCUGAAACGGAAGAUUCAUUAGUUCACAGUGUUUCUGAUGAGAAGGACAACAUAGAUGAAAGUGAAUAUAUAAGGAGUUCCGUUCUGGAUUGUGAGAAAAAUCUCCACACCAGGGAAAAUAGAUCUUCUUCCAGGGUUGCCAUUUUUAGGGACAGGGAGAAGGAUCUUACUGAUCCUGAUUAUGACCGAAGUUAUGAUAGAUAUGUUAGGAGUAUUCCAGCCAAUCCUAGCUUUAACAUGACACCUCUCGGUGUCCACAAGUUCCAGCUUCCAUAUGUGCAAUAUGAAUCUGCCUUUCAUCUGCCCGGUCAGAUUCCUACGGCUCAUGCUUCAUUAAACUAUAGGAACCCUACAGUGAACCCUUACUUUGCGGUGGGAUUAAAUGAAAUGACCAAUGAUGCUGCCAACCUUCAAUGGCAUACUCAGUCAAUGAUGUAUGCACAUUCAUAUGAGCAACUUAGACACACUGGUUUUCAGGUCCCCUUCUGCCAGCAACCUCUAAGUUUUGAUUACUUUCAACACCAUUGUUGACUACCAAGUACUUGGUUCUAUUUCCCAUCAUAUGAGAUUGUCUGUAUCACUAAAUCUGAAUGUGUACUGUUUUGUCAUCAUUAGUGCUAUGUUAUUUUUAGGACACCAUUGUAAAAGACAGAUAAGCUGGUACUGAUCUAUUCUCUUUUGCACUUGUUUUUGGGGUUCUCUGAAAGAAUGUAGUUGAUACUUUUUAUGGUUGAUUAUAUAUGGCACCAGUAUCUCUCUCAUGAAUCAUUUUUUUUUUGCGCGUACUAUGUUUCCUAA